CUCUCCUCUCUCUCUCUCUCUCUCUCUCUCUCUCUACGGGGGAUGGAUGGGAGGAGACGCUCCUGCUGAAUGUGUUCUCCCUGCAGCGGGUUUACGGUAACGGAGAAGAAACAGGGCACCGCUCUUCUCAGUCACGGAUCCGUUCCUCCGGUGUGAUUUCCAUAACCGCACACUGACCUUUCUCUUUACCGGUGUGCCUGCAUCUUAGCUUUUUAUUUUAUUUUUUAUUUUUUUUACAUGGAGGCGGAGCGAGGCAUCUCGCAACAAAACUACCAACCAGAUCUGAUUGAAAACGGUGUGUGUAACCGACUUGGAUUUAAACCUUACCGAAUGAUCCUAAAAUGAGUCACACUGCUCAAGUUGAUGUGUUCACCUCCUCCGUUUUCUGGCCUCGGGGGUACUGAAGAUGCGGCUGGUAGCGCGGGUACCUGUCCUGGUUUCACACCGGCUCGGUUCGUCCCGGUACUGAUCCUGUCCGGUGCUGCGGUGACCACACAGGAGCCACCAGAGUGAUUAAAAAAAAAAAAAACUAAACAAAAACGGAUCCGCUACUAGCAGCCUGACAGAUGGAUGACUACUCGACUUUACAACUGCAGUGUCUGGAAAUGACAACUAAGCGAAAGCUGAUUGGCCGGCUGGUGCCGUGCCGUUGUUUCCGUGGCGAAGAGGAAGUGAUCUCAGUGUUGGAUUACUCCCACUGCAGCCUGCAGCAAGUCCCCAAGGAAAUUUUCAGCUUCGAGAGAACUCUGGAGGAGCUCUACCUCGACGCCAACCAGAUUGAGGAACUACCCAAGCAACUCUUCAACUGCCAGGCCUUGAAGAAGCUGAGCAUGCCUGAUAACGACCUGUCCAACCUGCCCACCACCAUCGCCAGCUUGGUUAACCUCAAAGAGCUAGACAUCAGUAAAAACGGUAUCCAGGAGUUUCCCGACAAUAUAAAAUGCUGUAAAGGCCUGUCUGUGGUGGAGGCCAGCGUCAACCCUAUCACCAAGCUCCCAGAUGGUUUUACGCAGCUCCUGAAUCUGACCCAGCUCUUCUUAAAUGAUGCCUUCCUGGAGUAUCUGCCGGCUAACUUUGGCAGACUCUCCAAACUACGGAUCCUGGAGCUGAGAGAGAACCACCUGAAAACCAUGCCAAAGUCCAUCCACAGACUGACACAGUUGGAGAGGUUGGAUCUGGGUAGCAAUGAAUUCUCUGAAGUGCCCGAGGUGUUGGAACAGAUCCACAACCUAAAAGAGCUGUGGCUGGAUAACAACUCUCUACAGUGUAUACCAGGGGCGAUAGGAAAACUUCGUCAGUUGCGGUACUUUGACUUAGCUAAGAAUCGUAUUGAGACGUUGGACACAGAUAUUUCAGGCUGUGAGUCCUUAGAAGACCUGCUGCUAUCCUCCAACAUGCUGCAGCAACUCCCUGACUCUAUAGGAAUGUUGAAGAAGCUGACUACAUUGAAGGUAGAUGACAACCAGCUGACCUCACUGCCUAACACCAUCGGGAGUGCGAAGCCCAAGCACGGUCUGUCUUUAUUGGAGGAGUUUGACUGUAGUUGUAAUGAGUUGGAGUCGUUGCCUCCCACUAUUGGCUACCUGCACAACCUGAGGACCUUCGCUGCUGAUGAGAACUUCCUCUCAGAGCUGCCGCGGGAGAUCGGUAACUGUAAGAAUGUGACAGUAAUGUCGCUGCGGUCCAACAAACUGGAGUUUCUUCCUGAUGAGAUCGGACAGAUGACCAAACUACGAGUCCUUAACCUCAGUGACAACAGGUUAAAGAAUCUACCAUUUACCUUUACUAAGCUGAAGGACCUGGCAGCUCUCUGGCUUUCUGACAAUCAGUCCAAGGCUCUGAUCCCACUGCAGACAGAAGCCCACCCUGAAACCAAACAGAAGGUUUUGACCAACUACAUGUUUCCUCAGCAACCGCGACAUGAUGAGGAUUACCAGUCGGACAGUGACAGCUUUAAUCCUACUCUGUGGGAGGAGCAGAGACAGCAGAGGAUGACUGUGGCCUUUGACUUCGAGGACAAGAAAGAAGAGGAAGACAACUCUGGGAAGGUCAAGGUGGAGAUAAACCUAAAGCGCUACCCAACACCCUACCCUGAGGACCUUAAGAACAUGGUCAAGUCAGUGCAAAGUCUUGUGGGUAAAAGCGUACACGCCGGACACGGGCACCAGCACCAGCACCAACACCAGCACCAGCACCAGCUCCAGCACCAGCACCAGCACCAGCUGAGCACAGGCACCGCCACCUCGGCAGGAACCAACAUGGAACACACGCACCUCAGCAAAGAACAGUACGAACAACCAUGGCCCCUGCCUCCUAAAGAGGUGACAGACAGAGAGAUGCAGGACUUCUCUCAGUCUCAGCUAAUGGAUCAGGGAUCAAUGCAUAACUCUGGCAUUGACAUUCCCAAGAGGAAGGAUAAAGAGGACCUGACGGAGAGCUCUGAGGACUCAAUGGGCGGCUCUCCCAACGAUAUCCGCAUCUCUGACAUGAGGCCCACCCUGGUGGAGCCUCCUAUGUACAAACCAAAGGUGGUGCUGCUGGGGAAGGACAAGAAAGAGUCUACAGAUGAAGAGGUGGAUAAGCUUCACUGUCUGAACCGCAGCGGCUCCUCAGCCACUUACUCCGACUACUCUCCCUCACAGGGCUCCUCCGGCUCCUCCAACCCUCCCGGCAACUCACACUCACACUCACACUCUCACUCUCACGCACACCCACACACUCCUGCCCUGCCGGCCCCAAACAAGGACCAGGCCCCUCAGACACACUGGACCAACAGACUGGCUCAGUCUUUCCCCAAGCCCAUUGACUCCAAGCCCCUGCUAUCUCAGAGAGAAACCCCUCCAUCAGGAACCCUGCAGCAGCGUGGGGAUCGACGCCCACUGAGCGAGCCUUUUGAUUGGUCUGAGGCCCCUCACUAUGACAACACAGGUUUUGAUGCUGAGGAGUCUCCUCUGGACCCUCCAUCCUCUACUGGAAGUCAGGGAAACCCACCGCUGGGCUCCAAACCCCGCAGCCAGUCAACACACGGGCGCCGCCCCCUCCUCAGGCAGGAGCGAAUCGUAGGAGUACCUCUGGAGCUGGACACUCAGACGCUCCCCUUCCACGGCAACCAACGCGCUCCGGACAAUGACCCACAAUCUGGACAUCCUUCCCAGAAUCCUUGGCAGAACUGGACCAGAACCCCCAGCCCGCUGGAGGACCGAACCGCUUUUCCCUCCAAACUGGACCUGACGCCCACCUCCAGCCCCAACCCUGACCGCAAGGACAUUGACCCAAGGCUGGAACAAGGCCCAGGCCCUUUGCCCGGCAGCUGGACGUACCACGACAAUCAGGGGGAGCAGAACAGGAAGGAUCAGCUAAGUGUCAGCGGCGGCAACAAGGUGACCGUGGUGAUGAGUAAAAGCUCAGACCGCCUGUCCCCCAUGAUGAGGGAGACGAGAUCUAAGUUUAAGAAGUCACAGAGCAUCGAUGAGAUUGACAUGGGCUCUUACAAGGUCUACAGUAUUCCUGUGGACACCUACAGUUCAUCCAUUGAGCAACAGACUAGUUUGGACCGUCAAGAUUUGCCCGGUUCUAUGGAGCAGACCAACAUGUCACGGUCACAGUCUGCCCCCAUGUUGGACGAUGAGCUGAUGUUCCCAGGACACGGAGGCAGCAACCAGAACCAGUCGGGACAGAACCAAAAACCUGCCAUCCCACAUAAGGCCUACCACUUCGACCACAACUACAACCCCCAGGUGACCAUGGACCGUCGGGUCCCUCCCCCCUUCCCCAACACACCAGAUUACGUCAACCACUCAUCGAAAGCUUUGGAGUACAUCAAUCAACCAGGGAAGACAUUACCCAAGGAGUUGGUGAGCCCUCGGUAUCGUGCAUAUCCACCACUGGAAAUGUUUUCUUUUCCCCAAUCACCAAUCAACCAGGAUGGUCAGCCCAGCCAACAUCAGCAGCCAAUCCCAUCACAGCGCUCCAGGCCAGGGUUUUUGAGGAGAGCAGAUUCAUUGGUGAGCUCUACAGAGCUCGCUUUGUUCCGCAGAGUCCAUGAAGCCCAGCAGGAGGCGCUGCAGGAAGCUCAGUACAGACAGCAGGCAGACCCCCCUCUUUAUGGUCGGGCUCUGGCCUACUCCACCCCCAUGGAGCACUCUGCUCUCACCAACAUGGCCGACAGCCAGAGCCAGAUGAUGCACAACAAGAGAAACGGUCGCUACGAUGACGAAUAUCCCACCUACCAGGAACAGAAGAAACCCAUGAUUGGUUAUCCGACCAAGAGCCUGACUCAGCGCCGCCCGCUGUCUGCCAGGAGCUACAGUACUGAGACCUACGGAGCAUCUCAGGCUCGUCCAGUGUCAGCUCGUCCCACCAUGGCUGCCCUGCUAGAGAAAAUGCCCCCUGACUACACUCUGGCAACUUGCCCUGAGAAACCAUCUGAUGACACAAUCAAAGUAAGACCUGGCGUACCACUGAAGCCUGAAGACAUCACCUCCAGGAUGCCUGCUGAUUGGAGGCAACAGCUACUUAGACACAUAGAGGCCAAACGAUUGGACAGGAGUGGUGUCCUAAAGCACAACACGCUCACGCUGGGCAUGCUCUGUCAGGGCAGGGGUCACGGCCAGGGGCGCAGCAACACUUUGAACUUUAACCUUUACAAUAACACUAAGCAUGAGCACCCUGCUGGCUGCUGGCUGCCACUACCUCCUCCUCCAUCUGCUAAUGCCACCCCCUCCCAGCAGGCUGCCAUGCUGGAUAAUGACCAAGAGGGACUGUCAGGAAGCAACCAGUGGGCUCCCUACUCGCUUGGCAGGAGGGACGUCCCACCUGACAACCUCAUGAAAAAGAGUGCCCACUCCCACAACCCUUCCCACCAAUCACACAACACCAUGACAGUCACUUCCUCUUCCUCCUCCUCGUCCACUACCCCUCAUCGUGUGGUCGUGCAGCAGGGCUACGACGGGAUGAUGAACAAAGGGGGCCAAUACCAACCGGGCAUGCCCUUGUCAGUGGUUCCCUCUGGUGGACCGGGGCAGUACCAAAGCAACAUGCCUCAAGGCCAUCCUGGUCCCGGACAGGGUUACCCCGGCGCCGGCAUGCCCAUGGCCAUGUCCCCGUCUGGGAACCAACCCCAGUACAACCCCCAUUCCUCCCACACAUCCCAUCAGCCCGCCACCAACCCUCAGUACCACGGCAAUCAGGGCAUGGUCCAUAGCAACCAGGGCAUGGUCCAUAGCAACCAAGGCAUGGUCCAUAGCAAUCAGGGCAUGGUCCAUAGCAAUCAGGUUGUCAUGACCCACACCAACCCACGGCCUCAGAGUGCUCGUUGCCUGUUGCAGACUAAAGGCCAGAAGAGCACGGAUGGUUUCCAGGAACAGUUGUGUGUGAGAAUAGAGAAGAACCCUGGUCUUGGUUUCAGUAUCUCUGGUGGCAUCAGCGGCCAGGGGAACCCCUUCAAACCAUCCGACAUGGGUAUCUUUGUUACUAGGGUACAGCAUGACGGGCCCGCCGCCUCCACCCUGCAGCCCGGAGACAAGAUUCUGCAGCAUGACUGUGUAGCUCCUCCUCUUCUCUCUCUUUUCCCCAACAGUGAUGUGUUACUGAGAUAAUGAUGGCAGUGACCCUCCAUCCUUCCAUCCACACACACACACACACACACACACACACACACACACACACACACAGACAUAUGAAUGCAAAUAGUGCAGCACACAUAACUCUAUACAUGCACACACACACAUGCUGUUGACUGUGCUGCGUGUUUGCCUUGCAGGCUAACGGACAUAGUUUUUUACACAUGGAGCACGAGACAGCCGUCUCUCUGCUGAAGAGUUUCCAGCGGACGGUGGACUUGGUGGUUCUGAGAGACAGCAGCACGUGCUAAAAAAA